UUUCCGAUUCGAAAAGGUUUAGCGUUCGAAAGAAACACUAAUCAAAAGGGUUAGUGUUCGAAUGAAACACAUAUCUAAUGCAUAGCUAGAUUUGAUCCUAUCCAUAUGCUACUAAAAGAUAAGCACCAAUUAGUCUUCGUUUCUCUAUAUAAGUAGUCUUAUGUUCUUGAGGUUCUUCAUCAGAAUCAGCUUCUCUUUCUGUGAAAAAUGGGGUCGAGAGCUAUUGCAUGUUGCAUUCUGUUGUCAUUGUUCUCAGUAGCUUUAGCUGAAUAUGUCGAUGUCAGGGUUCGAGGAGUGGUUUCGAUAGCUAGCACAGAUGACAAUUUCAUAUGUGCAACCCUGGAUUGGUGGCCAACUGAUAAAUGUGAUUACAAUCAAUGUCCUUGGGGAAAAGCUGGAAUUUUUAAUCUGGAUUUGAAGAACAAGACCUUGAUCAAUGCAGUAAAGGCAUUCAAUACAAUAAGGAUCAGAAUCGGAGGUUCAUUGCAAGACCAAAUUAUUUAUAAUUUUGGUUAUGGAGUGAAAGACUGCAACCAAAUCGUGAAAGAUGGUUCUGGGCCUUUCUUGUUCAGUGGCGGUUGUCUUCAGCCGAAAAGAUGGGAUGAGAUCCAUGAGUUCUUCAACCAAACACAAGCCAAACUCUUGUUUGGAUUGAAUGCCCUUCAUGGGAAGAAAACGGACCCGAAAGACAAGAUUCUUUGGGUUGGUGAUUGGGACGCAAAAAACGCUCGUGAUCUCAUGGAGUACACCAUCUCAAAGGGUUACCCUGUUGAUUCAUAUGAGCUUGGAAACGAGUUAUGUGGGAGUGGGGUAGGUGCAAGAAUAGAAGCUGAACAAUAUGCCAAAGACAUGAAAAAGCUCAAACAACUUGUGACAGAGUUGUUCCCAGAUGGUAAACAGCCAAAGGUUUUAGGCCCCGGCGGCUUUUAUGAGAAAAAGUGGUUCAAUGACUUCCUGCAGGCCACCGGACCCGGUGUCCUAGACGGUGUGACUCAUCACACUUACGACCUUGGUGCUGGUGUUGAUCCAACCCUUAUAACCAAGGUUCAAGACCCAUUUUACCUGGACCAUUCAUCUCAGACAUAUAAUGAUGUGGCAAACUCAGUUAAACAGUUUGCCCCAUGGACAGACCCUUGGGUUGGUGAGGCUGGUGGAGCUUACAACAGUGGUGGCAAAGAUGUUUCACAUACCUUUGCUAAUGGCUUUUGGUAUUUGGACCAACUUGGUAUGACAGCAAGCUACAGUCACAAGGUUUACUGCAGACAAGCCUUGAUUGGAGGGAACUAUGCCCUACUUAAUACCACAUCUUUCAUCCCUAAUCCUGACUACUAUGGUGCACUCCUAUGGCAUAGACUGAUGGGAAAUAAAGUGCUCUCUACCGUUCAUUAUGGCUCUCCCUUCUUGCGUGCAUAUACUCAUUGUUCAAAGAAAAAGCCUGGGGUCACUCUGCUUUUGAUCAACAUGUCCAACUCUACUACCUUCGAUGUUGAAGUUUUCCCCGAGUUCAAUCUGCAUCCUUGGCAAAGAUAUGAGGUACAAUCGGACACAAAAUCAGCUGGUGCACCAAUGAGAGAAGAGUAUCAUUUGACACCAGAAGGUGGCAAUAUCCAAAGUGAUGUGUUGCUACUGAAUGGGACUCCAUUGAAGCUCACAGAGUCAUCCGACAUUCCUGAACUGCAACCAAAACUAGUGGAUCCUACCUCUGCAGUCAGUGUUGCACCACAGUCGUUCGUCUUUGUAUCUAUCAAGGACUUCCAUGCCCCUGCAUGCGCUUAGUUAGGAGAAGAUUUUUUUCUUUUGGUGAAAUAGUUAGGAGAAUUUUGCUUCUUUUGUUAGUGAGAAGAAGUUUUGUAGUUUGGUAUUUUUCUCUUGCCAUGUAAUUUAAACUAGUCUUCUGAACGAGAAGAUUAGCUUAGAUUUUCAUUUUCUGGAUGAAAGUUAAAAUAUACCUUUCAUAAGGUUCCUGAAGUGUUUCCUGAGCCUACUUAUGCCUACUUCUUUUUGUUUGUAAGUCUGAAAGCUAAGAAUCAAGGAAGGAAAGAAGGAAUACUUUACUUGAGCAAAAAGGCUUUUCAGAACCAGACCAGGCCUUGCGUACAUGCAAAGUAUACACGACCUUUCUUUGCCGCCUUUCCUCUAUAAACAGUCCUAUUAACUACUUUAAACAAGAUCUCCUUUUCCCCAAGUAUGCUUAAGCUUCUCCUUCAAAUAAACAACUCCCUAAUGGGUACCAAAUCAUUAUUCAGAAAGAAUGGAGCCUAAGCAAAUGAGGUGAAAACAGAAGAGUCCGGCAGCGUCAUUGAUCGAAGAAUACCACCACAGAAAACUCAAUCUUUCAAAG